AUGAGUUCCGACCUGCUUCAACCUCGGAAGCGCUACGAGAGACCCUCUCAUGCAGAUGGAGGACAUAGUCUCCCAAUUAAUCGCACGUACAAGGUGUACCUCCGCCAUCCCGCAUAUAAUGACUCCAGUAACAUCCUCUUAGCCCUUCCCGCCCUGAACCACCGUCAAGGCGGUAUUCACCAUGAGACUGCACGGAUAGCAUGCGCCAUAAUUGCCAACAACAGCUGGAAAGGAUAUUUAACGGAAACAAGAGAAGGUGCUGCUGUUGAUAUAGAGUCGGACGGGAUUUUGUGCAAGAGGGAUUACUAUUUCUAUAUGUCUCGAGAAGACACUGGGGGUAUGCCCACUGAGGUUCCCCUCGACAGGCUUCUACCCCGGCGGAGCAGUUUAACCCAAGCAACAUUAAUCAGAGAUAUCUCCUGCCGCAUCACGAACUACAUCGAAGGCACAGAGCCCGCGCAUCUGAUCCCCCGAAGCGAAGAGCUCUGGUUCAGGGCAAACGGCAUGUCACGAUACACAAACCGACAAAGUCCAGACACGGAGCCUAUCAAUGACACUCUAAAUGUACUACUUCUACGCUCGGACAUACAAGAUCUCUUCGAUCAAAAGCUAUUUGUUGUAGUUCCGAAGAGCGCACAACUUGUCGUCCACAUAUUAGCCCCAGGAUCAUCACCUGAGUUAACAGAUUUGUACCACAAUGUUGCUCUUCAGCCACUAGUUCGUAUCGCCAUUGAGUACAUUUUCGCUAGAUUUGCUUGGUCAAUCUUCGCUCAUUGCACGGACUUCAUAGUUCAAGGCCUCGAGCGGAGACUGGUCGUUCGGAAGGAUGAGGGGGCGAUCAGUGUGGAAGACUUCUCUGGGGAGCAGUGCUUGCGUAUAUUUGGCAGGGGGCAGACAUCUUCCCAUCCGAGUCCACGAAAGCGCUCACGGAAUAUCUCUGUCUUCAGAAGAGGGGGAAGAGAUAGACGAAGAUGACUACGAUGAAGGUAACUUCCGGAGUCGAAGCUUGCGGCAUGGUGAUUAGCCUUUACAAGCAGGCUCUAAUGCCAAAGUGCUCUGAAGGUCAUCCUUGAACACAUUAUUACGGUAUACCUUCUCAUUGCGGAUUCCUGGUAAC